AUGGACGCCAACUUGGAAAAGCUUCUGCAAAAUGAUGGUAGUUUUCAAGACUUAAAUUAAGAUCGUCGGCCGUUUUCAUGGUAUUAAAACUUUCUUGAUCUCUCCAAUACCUUUAGAAACCUUCAGGCAAUUUUUGGAGGACGAAUUCGACGACAGAACCUAUGCAAACAACAUUAUUCAAGGUCGAGCCAUUAGCGAUGCUCUUGCCAGGUUGGCAGAUGGAAUAAAUUUGUUGGAUAAGGAACUUCAUAGUCAGGUUAGACUUCCAUCUUGUCGUUUUCUUCGUUUAAUAAUUAUGUUGAAGGUUGUGAAGGUACAUGUAGUUGUAACAGAACAAGGAACAAAAAGAUCCCUGACGCUUAAAAAGAUUUUCGUUGCAAUCUGAAAAUGUUUUUUUUUUUAUUUGUGGAUCCAAUUUUUUUGAAUGGCCAUAGCCAGUUGUCGUAUUAGCCAACACCCUCAAGAUCUGGAUUUCAAGUGUGAGUUUGGAUAUCUAUAUAUAACUGCCACAACAGUCCAUAAACACCCUCUAUAGAUAUAAGGUACAAAUCAAUACCCAUAUCAAUAUCAUCAUCAUCAUCAUCAUCAUCAUCAUCAUCAUCAUCAUCAUUAUCAUCAUCAUCAUCAUUUGCAGGGUCCAAAAUUGCGACUAGCUGGUUGUGCUGGGCUUAAAGAAUGAAGAAUACACAGGCUCAAAGUGUUUUUCUUGUUCAUGCACAAACUAUAAAUGUACUCGAAGUGAUCAAUUUUUCUUUUUUGCAAUUUCACUGCUUGAGUUUGCAUUGAAGUGUCUGGUUAUCUAAAAUGAAAUUGGAAAAAUUUGAGUUAUUUGAAUGGUUUUAUCAUGGGAUUUCAUCUACAGCUGUAUGGACUCAAAGACUAGAUUUUAUUUACAUGCGAAAUAUAAUUAAUAGCAACAUUUUAAUAUACACCUGUAGUGGAAAAGAAUUUUCACUUGAAUCGUCACACCAGAGAAUUUCAUGCACAGUCUCAAAUGCUAGGACCACAUACCAUAGUGGCGAAAAGGCUUAAUUUGAAUUUUACAAUUUAUUACACCAUGGAAUUUCAUCAACAGAUGCAAAAGUGAGAAGCACCUCACACUUGCAGUGCUGUCAACUCUCCCAGAUAAUCCAGGAGACUCCCGAUUUUGAACCGUUUCCCCUGGUCUCCAGAUUAGAGUCUGAAAUCUUCUGGAUAAUUGCCAUGGAUGCUAUUUCUUGUAGAUUCGACUUUCUGUCAAUGAAAUUUCAAAUAUUUUGCGUUGUUUGAGCUAUUUAACUUUUAAUAUUGAAUGUUUCCUCAGAAACUCUGGUAUACCAUUGUAAUAUAAGCAAUUAUGUGAUUGGUGAGAAGUAAACCAAUCAGGUACAAAUGUUACAAUUCCAACAACAUCUUUUUCACAUAUUUUUUUGCACAAAUGACGUUAUGUUUCGUGCAUUAUGACAUCAUCUUUUAUGCCUUCCCUGUCAAUUCUCAAUAUUUGAAGAUAUCAGGGGUUAACAGCCCUGCACUUGACUCCGUUUUUCACCCGGAGGAAGCGGUUAGUUAACCCAAAUUCAAGCAGGCACUCAGUCUUGAACAGAAGUGAGCGUCAGUGUGACCUCUAAACUUUUGUUGAAAGCAACUGACUUGUAUUUUACUGGACACUUGUAAAAAGCAGAAAAAUACAUGUACAUUGUCAAUUAAUAAUUGUUCAUGUCUAAAUUUCUUAUUACCAUUCUUAGGAAAUUAUUCUCUAUGUUUGCACAAUGUAUGUAGGUUGUUGAACAUCAUGAAGAUUUGUUACAGCAGGCAACUGGAAUUGAAACACUUGAAGGUUAGUUCUUAGGCAUGACACUUCAUCUUCGUGAUAAUUAUAAUUUUUGUGAGCAGAGAAAAAAUAUAAACAAUUCUAUGUGAUAAAACUAAAGUUACUUUCAGUGCAGCUGUAUCUAUACAAAAUGUGAGAUGAAUGAAACUUGUUCAUGCUAACAGCUCUACACUGUUAUACCUGCCAACCUUUUUACAAUUAUAGGCGUGACACUUUUUUAUCUUAAGAGUGCCAAGAUUUUUCGUAGGGGUCCCAUAAUAUCCGAAGAUGUCCAAAGAUGUUCAAAGACUUCCGAAGAUGUUACGAAGAGUUCCGUCUAACACAAACACAGGAACACAAAGAAACAUUGACUUCCCUGCUAAAAAAAGAAAAUUCGGAGAAAGUCGAUCAUCCACAUAGACGUUUCUUUUCUCUCUUUGGUUCUGGUUUGUUUAAUUAUAAUUUAAUAGAUUUUUCAAAAUGUGUCAGUAAUGCUGUAAUGGCUCAAACUUUUCUACCAGGCAUGACAAAUUGGAACACAGGCGUGAGUAGGCGUGAAAAACAAGUUUUCGAUCUGCAGGCAUGACAAUCUCGCCUCAGGCGUGACACUUGGCAGGUAUACACUGUACGUGAAUGAAGUUACAUGUACAGUGUCAUCUGUAGGUCAAGAGUGAAGGAGGGAUUACACUCAUACAAUACACACUCACAAUGAAUUGUCUACAGUUCUAGACUGCUCUGUUUAACCCAAGGCUGACUAACCAACCGACCAACCUUCUAGGAAAUCAAGUUGUUCUAAAAGGCAAAGUAAACUACAGUGUGUAGUCUGGUUUUGCUCAUCUUUACAAACUUAUAACUAAUGUAAACAAUAACUUGAAAAGCAUUUAAAAAAAUGCUAUGCACUGCUAUAAUUUUCUCUCUGUACAUGCAGUGUAAGGGCAAAAGGAGCUACAAUAAAAAUGUAUGUACAUGUAUUUUAUUGCAGUCCUCAGGCCUGGUUACAAAUGACAUUAACUUGAACAAGUCGUUACAACCAAACUCUCACACUCGCUAUGCGACUUAAUUUGUGUGUUCUCAAGGUAGCUUAGCGGAUUACUUUUUUCUUUUUUUAAAAAAGGUGUUCUUCAGAUGAUGCAAACCAGGAUAAAUUCACUGAAAGCUUCUGUUGAAAGGUACUUGCUAUUAAACUUAAAUAAAAAUACUAAAAUAAUAAUAAUUGAUAAAAAAAUAAUCUACAGGGUAUCUUGUAUUAUUAGAUAAACAAAAAAGAAAAAGCUGUAUUUAUACUUGCAGUGUGCAGUGAGCAAAGAAAGUAGUGUUUGAUAACCCAUGGCUAGUGAAUUUUGCGAUCAAGGUAGUGAAUUCUGUUCUUAACUUGCCCGACAGGCAAGUGAAGUUUUUCGGAAUUUUAAAUUACAGACGACCUGCAAUCAAUCCUGCUCGUUAUUUUUUUUUCCGGGCUCAUACAUGCUAGCGACAAAUGUAGCAAUGAAGAAAUGAAACAUGAUAAUCUGGUGCAACAUUACAUGAUUAUGCUGUAUGGCAUUAUUAUUAAUAGUUUGUGUGUGAUACAAUCAAAUGAUAAUGCAUUUUUAUGGUUUCCUACAUGUAUUUUUAUUCUGGUACUGUUUAGGAUACAACAGCAUAUUGCUGAGCCAUACUUCAAGAUUGUAUCAAGAACAGCCCAACUCCGAAGGCUUCAGGUGAGUUUGGUUAGGUUUCAGUAUGUUUCCAGAAAUAUCCUAGCCUGCGAAUGGCAGAAGUUUCUCCUCGCUCAUCGCCGCUGAGGGACGUUAAGCGAGGAGGAACGUCUGCAACUCAGCGGCAGAAAUUCCAUACUGAUGACCCUAAAUCUGUCCGGAAUCUGGUCAGAAGAGCUAAUUGGUCGACAGCGUAGUUUCAUUGUUUUAGCUAUUGUUUACGAAUGACAGACAAAAGACAAAAGGCCGCAAAGGUCAAAUGUAAACGCCAUGAAUCUCUAACAAAACAGCCAAUAUUUGUGGAAUAUAGUCUUCUCUGGAAGCAUUUGAGGUUUGCUGGCGCUCAUUCGCAGAGGAACACAACACUUUACUAAAAUCGACCAGGAGAAACAUAAAAUUGAACAAAUUUGCAUUGGAACCCCAUGACUACCGGAUUUGUUAUGUAAACAUUGAUUUACGUCAUCAGUAUGGAAUUUCUGUUGCGGAGUCGCAGACGUUCCUCCUUGCGAAAUGUCCCUCAGGGGUGAUGAGCGGAGGAGAAACGUCUGCCGUUCGCAGGCUAGAAAUAUCCAUGCCAUUCUUUCUUUUGAAACUUGAAGUUACAAAUUUUGUUUACACCCAACAUUAGUUUAAGUAAGCUUUUGCAAUACUGCAACACUUUAUGUCUUUUUAUAGCUACUGUUCAUGUAAACGUUUAGUUUACAUCUGGUACAAAAAUGUAUUCAGCACCAGGAAGAGCAUGUACUCAGGGAUGUACUUUUGUGAUUAGGAAUUACAUGUUCAACCCUUCACUCUUAGACCACAGUUACAUGUAAUCAAGUGGAAUAGUUACAUGACUAUUGUAUGAUUAAUGAAGCCCAUCGAUCAGACUCCUUUGUUACAGUGUAUAAUAAUAAAUUAUACACUCAAGUGAAAAUUAAAUUCAGGCUUAAUUUUUUUAACCUGGGUUGAUUCUCUAAUAAUUAUUAAUUAUUACUCGUACAAUUGUUUGGACUUGACAGCAGGCUUUUAGCCAGGAGUUGAAAACUGGCCGUCAAGAAGGCACGUUUUUCCAUAAAAUUAUAAGAGAUUAAGUGAAUUUUCCUCGUAAUUCUUCCAUAAAUGAGCGUCCACAGGACGGCUGGACACCCUUCUGGCUAAAACCUUGCUUGACAGUGCACAACAUCCAAUAGCAUUCCCAUCAUUUUUAGUCCCACCAAUAAAAAUGUCUCAUUAAUUUGCUCUGCUACAAUUUGCAGGGCUGUCGCUAACAUUUGAAGUUGUCAGUUGUCAAUUCCCCUCCUACUAAUAACAUAAUUAUUAUGUGAUUAGUAGGAGGGGAAUUGUACAGCAAAGAAGUAGUUUUGGUUCUAUUUUUCUUUUGUUUCCUAUGAAAGUAGUCAUGGCUCACGCUUCUAGUACCCAGGGAAAAUCCCGGGCCCCCAGCUUUUAGUGACAGCCCUGAUUUGUGAACAAAAAACAAGGGAUUGUGCAUCGUCAGCGAGCUCUCAAAAUAAACUGCAGCAACCUUGUUUUUAGAGUUAUCUUGACGCUUGCUGCCUUUGAUAACCAGUCUCAAUUUAAGUUUUUUUUUUUGGCACCUCAUAUGUACAUUGUAACCUAGGUUUUAGCCAUCCAAGCACUGACGUCAUCGGCUUUUAGUAUUUUAAGGUGGUAAAUUAACUUCAUCAACUUAGUUAACAAAACUAAUGUGAAUCUAGCCGCUCUGAUGGCAACUUGAUACACUGUAGGUUGACAAGCACCUGAAAAUGUUAAAAGACUCCAGCUAAUUUUAUCAUUAUUUUCCCUGUCCAAUUAUACUUACAGUUUGAUGGUAAUUUUCAUUUAAUGACAGGAAGCAUGUGAUAUUUUAAGACGAGUCAUCAGAGUUAUUUACCUUACCAAGCGACUACAGAGUCACUUGCAGGGAGGAGCUCGAGAGAUCACUAAGGCAGCACAGAAUCUCAGUGAAUUGGGUAAGAAUUAUACUUACGGGAGAAGUCACUUGUAAUUUCAGUGUCUGCUGACACCUUGACAGGGUUUCUGUAAAAUAAUUAUUUGUUUGGAGGAGCAAAAAUUGCCCAGAAUUUUCUAUAGCUUAAGGAGGCUAAAAUUUUCUAGAUGUCCGUUCCAUUCAAGUACAAUUUUCAAAGCUUAUCUAAUAAAUUCCCUAUGAUUUUCUUAAGUUUAAUUUUUUGCAUUUCAGUCCCCAGGUUAAGCUGUUUUUUUUUUUUUUGGGGGGGGUAGAAAAAGGAAACCUAAAAUUUUCGGAUUUGAAAAUGUGAUGAAGAGAGGAAUUCGAAAAAUUGUUACUUUUGAAAAACUCCACAUGGCAUCUAAAAUUGUUGGGAAAAUAAUACUGAAGCUCUCCUAAUUUUGAAAAGAUUUAAGUUGCCCUAGGAUGACUGAAAAGAUACAAAUUAAUUUUUAUAGUGCAGCUUAGUUAGAAUGCAUUUCUAGAUAUAAAAUCUAAAAGUCCUCUCACUGGAUAGUCCAAAAAGUGUUUUCAAUGCAUUUUAGAUGAAUCUGUCAUUGGGUGCCCCUGCUUAAUUGUCCUUGAAUUUCAAAAUAAAUACAGUUGACUCCACUAACUCGAACCUCCAAGGGAAAUCAAAAAAAGGUUCGAGUUAUCGGGAGUUCGAGUUAUUGGGAGCUUGAAGAAAAUGGCCGGGAGUAAUCACAUUUAAAAAUGUAGAAAUGUCAAGUGAAAAUUAAAAGAUACUUCUAGAUUAUAAAUCAGAACGUAAUGUAAUAAAACAUUGUAAACCUAAAUAGAGCAUGCAUUUUACUGUUUUGAGAAGUAAAAAGCUGUUUCAUGUUAGAUUUGUGACAAACAAUAUCAACCUUUCAAUAGUAAACUAUAUGCCUACAACACGUCAAUGGGAAAUUCAAUUCAAUGUUUGGGACGCUAGUAGACUGUUUUUUUUGGCAACUUUUAAAGGGCUCAAAACAUGGUUUGAGUUAUUGAGGGGAAAAUUAUGUAGAAAUGAUCUGAGGGGAAACAAAAACUACAUGUACUUUGAGUUAGCGCGAGGUUCGAGUUAGCGAGGGUUCGAGUUGUCGGGUGUCAACUGUAUUUAAGGGCUUAAAAGUCAUUGAAAGUUGCGGUUGGCAUUGGACAAGACAUUGUUGCCACAAAAUAGUAAAAUACUGAUGUGAAAAUGACUAUGAUUGCCUUGAUUUUGAACAGCAUUGAGAAUUGAGAAUUGUGUUUUUGGAAGUCCUUAUUGUUGGUGCAAAAAAGAGUGCAAUUUGUGUGCAUAUUUACACGUAUGCUGUAUUGAUUUUACUAAGUUUGCUAAGGUUCUAUUAUAACCCCUUACUGGAGUUUAACCCUUUAAACCCAAAGAUCAAAAUUUGAAUUCUCAUUUGUUGCCCCUAUUCAUUUCUUACAGAAGUAUUGAGGAGAAGUUGAUAAAAUAUCAAGAAAAUUGAUCUUGUGUGAUCAUGUCUGUAAUUCUCAUGACCACUCUGUUUUACAAAGCAUUGAUAUUACAAGGAGAAAUUUGACGCUGAUCACUCUUAGGGCUUCAAGAGUUAAAGAAAAUGAGAGUGCUGGACAAUACUGUAUGUCAGUGAUACAAAGAAACCGUUCACAUACUUUUAUCCUCCUUACACACUAUCAUGGAUUAAUACAUUAACUUUGUAGAAAUCAAAGCUUGCUGCAGUGGGCAGUUGGAUGCUUGAUUUACAGAUAAUAUAUCUUUUCAAGACAAGGAGAUGAUUUGCCAAGGGCUAUUGAAAAAACCUGGGUCAGACCAUGUGAUUUUUUCUAUGAUUCACAGUUUUGCUUGCAUGUACAUGACUGUAUGUAUACAUACUGUACUCAUAGACCUUUCCGUUGUUCAUAUUAGAUUACCUUGUUCAAGGAGCUGACCUUUCUGGAAUUCAGGUUUGUAGUACGUGUACAGCCAUACAUUUCAACUGGUAGGGAAUCCCUUUUUUGCUUCUCUCUUGGGUUUCUGGGAAACUGCCCACCUUCCCCUCCCCUAAGCCAUCAUUUUUCCCUAAGUGAGAAUGUGAGCUUAGGGGAGGGGUAGGUGGGCAGUUUCCCUGAAAUCUAAAUUGAUCCCCCAUUUUUGCCAGUUCCCCCAGAAAUGACUGAUAGUCAGGCUAGGGUUUACUUACAUUGUAUUUAUUUUUUCCUUACUAUCAAUUUCAUCCUGUACAUGUAAGUAUUUGUGUUCACAUUGUGGAUGACUCUUCCUAAUUAAGUAUUAUUAUGUUCUGCAACUGGUAUAGGAUUUAAUUGUGGUUUAGAAAUGUUUUUGUUGUGGAAUUGCAUGCAUUUUAGAACAGUUUAACUACCACAUUUAGAUUUUAAAAGGGGCAACAAUUAUUUAUACUAUUGAUCAUUAAUUUUAUCUUCUUAGAAUUGCUGAAUUUUUUAUCCUUUUUACAGGCAAUGUGGUCAAUACUUGGCAGUCAGCUCUCUUUUAACCCUUUAAAUCCUGAUAUCAAAGUUUAAAUUCUCAUGUGUUGUCUCUAUACACAUUCUAUAGAAGUAGUGGGGAGUAGCUGUUAAAGUAUUAAAUGAAAUUCAUCUUGUGUGAUCAAUUCCUUAAUUCUCAUGACCGAAAUUUAUGCUUUAUAAAGCAGAUAUUACAAAUAGAAAAUUGAUGCUCAUCACUCUUGAGGCUUUAAGCUCCGAGAGUGAUCAGCAUCAAAUUAUUUCUUCUUGUAAUAUCAGUGCUCUGUAAAAGAGAGUGGUCAUGAGAAUUACAGAAAUGAUCACAAGAAGAUGAAUUUGCUUGAUAUUUUAUCAACUUUCCCCCCUUUUUCUGUAUGAAAUGGAUAGGGACAACAAAUGAGAAUCUCAAUUUUGAUAUUAGGGUUUAAGAGUUUAAGGCUUUAAGAGUUAUAACCUUUCCUCUUUUUGAGAAGUGUCUGCAAAGUCACAGAAUGACUGAAGAAUGGGGACUGACUUCAAUCUAGUUUGCAUUGGAAGUUUGAAUGUGAAGAGUUCGGCUGAAUUACAGUAUAAUUUAGAGUUAACCGUCCAUGUUAACAUGCUUCAAACGCCUUAAAUUUAAAUCUGUUUAUGUGAGUACAUAAUUUAUUUCAGGCUGUGGAAAAUGACCUUAAGAUCGCUGCCAAAGCAAGAAAAGAUGUUGAAAACCAAGCACAGAGGAUGCUGGCACAAGGGAUGGAGACACAGGUGACAUGAUCUCGGUGCCCUUUUCAACUGUUAAAAUCUAUGAAGCUUCCCCACCCCCCCCCCCCGUUCAAUGGACCCUCUUUCCAUAAUUGUAAGGAUUUGAAUUUUUUACACUAUAUAUUAAACCACUUGGAACCCAGACUGAUCGUCGUUGUUGACAAUAGUCCAUUUUACAGUUGUGGGCUUGGUGUCGUAGCCUUUGGGUGAACGUGAGGCUGAGGUUGACCUUGUUUUGAUACAAACCUCCUUCCUUUUCUAAUGGAAAUUUUGCUUAAAAACAACUAGUUAGCAUAACAACAACAUGAUUUACAUGAUAAAGCAAGAAGGGUUAUAUUAUCUUUAGCCUCGUUUCCAACUGUAACUGUAAAAUCAAUAAUCAAUCAAUCAAUAAUCUUUAUUUAUACACGAUAAGUAUUUAAAGCGACGCUUCGCUUGUGGGUUAUUGGGCAACUUAUCUUUGGUUUUCUUGAAUAAAGGUGUUCUAAAGGACAGGUUCCUCUGUAGCAGAAAAUCUCGGAGUAUCAGACGUAUGGAACGUUAUUCAGAUUUGUAGCCUUUCUCGGUCUCUACACAUUUCUAGGUAGUAAUUAUUUGCUUUUUCGAAGAGUUAUUUCGCAGAAGUUACAUCGUUGAAUUCCGCCGCUAUUUUUUCCCGUAAGAUCUAAUAUCGAGAGUAGCGGGCGGCCAUGUUGGUUGGAUCUCGACCGAAAAAAAUGGUAUAUUAGACUGUAAACAGUCUAACAUCAUAUUACUUUGUUUUGUUUCAGAACCAAACCCAAGUAGGCACUGCUCUGCAAGUAUUCUACAACCUAGGUUUACUAGUUAGCACAGUCAAUGAAGUUGUCAGGAAAGUUAAAGAGAAGUUAGCAAGUUGUGUACAAGAAGCUUUGGAUCAUAAUACUCUCUCUCAGGCUGCCAACUCAAGCGCUGGUGGACCGGGCCGUGCCGCCAUGCCUACCCCUGGUAACACAGCGGCAUGGCGAGCAACAUUGUGGACUAGAAUGGAACAGCUUAUGGACUCCAUUUUUUCGGCAUGUGGCCAGGUAAACAUGUACAUGUUUAUCAGGAUAGUGUUGUGUUCGUGUAUCUUGUCUUUUAUAUUUUUUUUGGUAACGCUUACCAUGAUAUGCCGGUGAGAAACUGUCCUUGAUAAAGAUGUUGUGGCAGGUAGUUUUUCGACUACAUAAAUGCAACGCAAACGAAACUACAAAUGCAAAAGCAAACACAAACACUGGUGGCGAAGGCGGCGAAAAGUUCGCUUAAAACGUGAAUCUUCGCUUUGUUUUUUUCAGUGGUCACCGCGAUUAUUCCAACUCACUUACUUUGUCAAAUGUAGGUGAACUCUCCUGGUGUUGAAUUCCAAAGAACGGCUCAGCCAUAUCCCAGUUUAGAAAGAGAAAGAAAAUGUUGUCAUUGCUUGUUUACGUCGUCCGUAAAACUCUUAAUGAGGCAUUUUUUGCUCGUAGCCGUGCUGAGGCAGAAAAACGCGUGCUGCACGUGCAAGGUUGUCACAACUUUGCACGUGCAGCACGCUUUUUGGUUGUUUGGCUCAUUAAACCUGUGGCAUCUUUGACGCUCCCCUUUGCCUUCGUCGGUCUGUUCUUGAAAAGGUCCAUUGUAAAACAGUAUACAACACUUCAGGACUGGUCUUGAAGAAAACAGGACUAGUCUCAAAGUUUCUCGUAAUAUAGCAUGCUGGGGAAAAAAUUCUGCGUGUGCAAAUUACGGAACUAAUCUUAGCAAUUGGUCAACAAUUUUGGAAGUCAAGUUCGACAACUGUUAACCUCUGACGUCACAGAUUUUGCUUUUGGCGGGAAACACUUUAUCGCCAGAUGUCAUGUGAGCUCGAAGUAACCAACGAGGGAGAGAGCACGUGCUGUUGGGAAAACUCCGGCUAUGAAACACGUGAAUCUAAAUUUUAACUUAGAUCUGUUAUUUCCGGUUAUAGAUUCAUCAUCUUCAAAAGGUUUUAGCAAAGAAAAGGGAUCCUGUCACACAUGUUUGCUUUAUGGAAGAACUGGUGAAGGUACAGUGUUUGUUAUCUUUUCUUAUCCUCCCGGGAGACAAUCAUCGGAAUUCUUGUUCGGUGUGUGCUGCCCGGUUCUCCUAAUCCUGACCUUCAUUUAGACCUAAACACGUCGUUUUCCACAUUCGUUUUCAGACCUAGCCUGGACCUGUUUUUUGGCUUUGGCAAACAGAGUUCAACUAUUACUUUCAGACCCAUAUUUAGUAUUAUAAUUUGACGUUAAAUAUUCAUUUAGAGCUGAAAAGACAACUGACAACUGCGUUUAACCCCCACCCCCGGUGUUUUCUUUGAAAACCAUGCCCGAUUUCAGACCACAAUAGUCAACUCCACACCCGUUCCCAGACCAAAGUUGCUCAAAACCAGAUCCUUUAAUGCCGUACAAACAUGUAUCAGUAUAUAAGCAGAGGUUCCUUUCUGGCAUUGCUUUUCAGUGGCAUUUACAAAGUCGUUUGCAUUGCUUGUCAGUCGCGUAUUUGGUUUCUCUCGUGGCGUAAAUAAACUAACUACGCGACUGACAAGCGAAGAAUAAAUGCUAAAUCCUAAAAGCGACGCCAGAAAGAAACUUCUCACUAGGUACCGUUGUGUCCUGUCUUAACGUUUCUUCGCUGUGGGGUUUCUUCGCUGUAGAUACACGGAAACUGUGGUCACUGUACCGUUGGUGGAUAGUCUGUGAAUGAACUCCAAUUUAAAAGUGAAAGCUGUUUACCCAUUUAACCACAAUACCUUAUAAAUUGUCUCUUUGUAGGAAGGAAGUUCUUCUAUUACUUCUUUCUGGGACUCGGUGACACAGACCUUGACCCAGGAAUUUGCACAGGCAGCCCAAGGUCAGUUGGAUCUGUCUAUACUUGUGUUCAGAAUACCUAACAUUUUCAGCUAUGAAUGGUAUCGUUUUCUUUCUUUUAGCCUCGACAUUCUUGAAGCAAGCAUUUGAGGGAGAAUAUCCCAAGCUACUGCGGUUAUACAACGACCUAUGGACUCGCUUACAACAAUAUAGCAGUGCUUCAAACUCUACCUCCGUGUCUCUUGGAAUACAAUUAGAGCCUUCUUUUGGUCUUUUCCCAGCAUCAGAGGACGACUUUAGCUUAAGGUUUGUAAGUGUUUGUAUUUAAGUCCCAAUAGUGACCAUCAUCAAUAUUAUUUUCUCCAAACAUAAAAAAGAAUAAAGGUACGUGAAUCAGUGAAGUGAUCAAAGGGCAAAAGCUUUGAUUUUUUGUCAAAUUUUCUCAGCUAAUUCUUUUAGGAAAUGUACGGAGAUCAGUCUGGAGAGUUUGUUUGUGGAUCUUGGUUCUCAACGGGAUAAAAUAGAGGAGGUUUAUUUACAUUAAGCCAACAAAGCAUAUACACACCGACGGUAGAAGGAAGUCGCUAAAGAGUGUCGGGGCCGGGGGCAGGGGAUUUCCCCCGGCUAAUACUGCAUGAUGAGCAUAAACCCCGUAACUCUUAUAGAAAAAGAAAAAAUGAAAAUAGACAAACUUCCAAGCUGUUCAGCUCUCCGGCUGCCAAUUGGAUGCCCCCCCCCGGGGGGGGAGGGGGAGGGGGCACAGAGGGACAAAAUUAAGCAAUAUUAACAUGUUCCUCAUCAAAUUUGCUGCUUCUUAAUUAUCAUUUAUAAAGUGUCUGUCUAUCUAUGGCCUUUGUGUUUUUUGUUUUGUUUUGUUUUGCUUUGUUAAACUUAGUUUUAAAUCCAGAUAGGUUUACUUGUAGUCUUAAACUUAUCGUUACUUUUUGGUAUUUCUACCUCAGUCCUGAACAAGCCCUGAAGAAAAGCCUUGCCCCAUUUGAAACUGCCUACCUAUCCAGGUCUCUGUCCAGAUUAUUUGAUCCUAUUAACCUCGUGUUCCCGUCUGGAGCGCGCAACCCACCGUCAAAGGAAGAACUGACUAGCAUUGCAAAGACAAUUGGCAGGUAAAGUUAAGUCGCAAUCAAAAUUUAAAUCCACCGAGAAACAUACGGUUUCAAGAUCAUAACUUAAGAUUUAAUGACAAGCUUUUGCUUCCACUUUCGGAGGCUUUUGUUUCUGGUGACCUCAUUUCGCUGUGACCCCUCUAGCCCAAAUUGUAGGAAGUUUCACGUGAGCGGAUGUCCCCGUUAGUUGAGGGGUGGGAGAUCAGAACCCCUGUUCCUUUAGAGGUUGGUCUGGGUUGGGGAGGACGUUUGGAUUCGGAUAGCCAGUAAACAAGCUCUCCGGAGAAUGUGGUUAGGGACAAGGGAGCUUUUCCCCGUUCCAUUUCCCCUCCGACACGGUAGUCAAUUUCGAUUUCACGUGAACUCGCCGCCUGAUUUUCUUUGGAAGUCACCCCAGUUUAAAUAGGGUAUUCGUGUGCUGUCACGGAAUAAAUUUGAUGUCUGUGUUCCCUACAAACCCUCUAAUUUUUGCUCCAGAAAGCUGGAAAUGCACUCUAAGAGGCCCAGAUUUCAAAAUUUUUCCAGAAAAUCGCCGCUUCCGCGCUUGCAAAUUUCGUCUUUGCCGCGAGUUUUUUCCUUCUUCAGUGCCAUCACCGUUGGCAGAACCAAGAGGCUUAAAGGUUUUCAAACGUUUUUUAAAGUGUACGUCUUGUUUACACACGGUAGUAUGACUGAUGGUAUGACAUACUUGUAUAUGCAUUCUGUCUUGUGCCCUUUUUAGUGAGCUGAGCGUAGCCAGUGUAGAUGCUGGUCUGACAAUAACAGUGGCGAGAAACGUGGCGAAAACUGUCCAGCUCUACUCGGCCAAGUGCGAACAGCUGGUAAGACUGCAUGUUCUGAUUAACAUUGGGACCAGUCAAGUAUGAAUUGAAGGGGACUGUGUGGGGAGAGAGAGAUUAAUGGUUUAGUUACCAUUUGUUAGGUUUUUUCUUAAAUUUGUCUGUUAUGACAGUGCUAGUCUUGCAAAUUUAAUUCUUGUUAUUUCUAGUGAGUUAAACGCUUUAAAGCUCCACAGAAUUUACUUUUAAAUCUUUUAAAAAUAUAUUAUUGGUUUUAACACCUUUACCCAUGGCCAUUUAUUUAAAUGAAGGCCAACUUACAUGUAGACCCCUCGUUAGGUACUCACUGGGCCUCCAUAUCUAUUUGUAUGUUCAGUUGAUACAUAAAUUCGAGCCUGGACCGCAAGCCUUCUUGACACUGUUAACAGCAAACAAUGUUGAAAAUUGCUUUGAACAUGAUUAUGUUUAACAUAGUUUAAACUUUGUUGUAAUAACCGAUCCAAACUUUCUUUGUUUCUUAAGAAUUUCAUGAUCUUGUUAUACCUAUGUUUUAUACGGGUUUCAAUUAUUAUUGUUGGCUUCCUCGCACAAAUCUGGUGGUGAUAAUUUUAAAGCAGCAGCAAACUCUUCUAUCACAUGUUCCAAUCUAUAUUUAGUAAACUUGUACUGUAUCCUUUACGGUUUUCCUCCUUGAUAUUAUUUAGUUCCAAGGGUGACAUUUUUGUAGGUUCGUUUAUUCGGCCGUUUCUCCUUGUACAUUCUCGUGUAAUCCUCAUUCUCUUCUUUAGCAUUGAUAUUUUGUAGUCGCUUGUGUUUGGCAAUGAACCGCAAAACGCUAGCGUUUCAAACUCCCUCAUCCUUACCCCUUUUAAAACCCAGUUUUUUUACCAGCGAAACUAAUUCUGAUCCUACUCGGAAACCUGUCUUUCUGUUCUCUAAUCGUGUCUCCUACUUCCAUUGCUUUUCUUUCUCAGUCAGUGGUCUCUUCUGAAUCUUCGAGACCGUCCUGAAGAAUGUCAUCUCCGUCCUUUACUUUUCCUAAACCUGCCUUUUUUCUCUCCUCCUCUGCAUUUAAAUUUUCCGCGUCCACGUAACCCGGACACUCCAGCUCUUGUACGUUUGUUUCAAUUGUAGAAUUAGAAUACGCCCCAUUGCAGUCCACCUCUUGCAGCUUUACCUGCCUUUUAAGUUUUGGUUCAGCUAAACAGUCUUUCUGUCCUAACGCAGUAGACGAAUAACGCUUGGAUGACUUAAGUAUCUCCCUUAAAGCGGUCUCUGGUUUUGGAGUUCGCUCUCUUUGAUCCGUGCUGUGAAGCUCGUACAUAGAAUCUGUUGAUUAGUGAGUUACGUCAGCGAUUGAAAAUUCACCCAGCUGGCCACCUAUCAGUUACAUGAAAACCUACUCAUCGAUCUAAACCCUUUCAUUCCCAGGAGAGCGGUUAAAGUCAAAACUCGGCAAGAUUGGGAAAUCUCAUUUUGCAAAAUGCUGCUAAAUGAAUAGUGGCACGUGAAAAAAUGAGUGACGAGGAUUUAUUUAAAUGGUAACACCAUGAGAUUUCAUUCAUAGACGCAAAAGUUACAACCACUUUAUAAUACUUCACAAUGCACUCUGAAAGGAAAAGGGUUAGAUCUCUCUUUACUGUCUACAGGCGAGUGGUUUCAAAGGGUGUUGGUAGUCUCGUGUCAUAGGAUGUCAUACCCUCAUAAGCGCAGUCCAGCCAUCUGCAUAUUUGUUCUUUAACUGUGACAGUAGCAAUUAGUAGUAAUAGUGCGAGUCAAGUAAGGUUUAUACACUUGGAUGGAGAAAGAUAUUGCGUAGUCGCGUUCGUCAGAACGCAUCCUAAUCUGGUGCUCCUGUGGCUCAAAGGCAGAAAUUUUCGCGCUAUCACCGGCGAAUGCUGAUCAGCCGCCCCUAUUAAUUUUAUCAGGGGCAUCUCGGCCUCUGGAAACUGGAUUUCUUUGGACUCGUUUUAUAUUUUAGCGCUGUUAUGGUUCAUAAAAAGGUAACUAUUUCAGAAUAACAGAUACGACCAACACCUAUAGACAUCCGCUGUGAAAAAUUGUAACAAAUUUAGAUAGUACCUUAUUUCAAAGACACGAGUGUCUAUGAAAACCCCUGCCGAAAAUAUGGUUUUGUGUAAGGUUGUUUUAGAAGUGUACGUAGGCAGGAAACGAGUCGCGAUUAAGACAUAGUGUAACCAAAUUAUAAGGAAACAGAAUUAUUAGUUAUCAAUCAAUUCUAGCUGCGUGCAAUUAUUAAAUAAGAGUGAGGAAUAUUACGAGCCCAUCACCUGGAGAAGAAGGAUUUCACGCCAGAUUCAAAUGUAUGUGGGACGCCUACACCUUCUAUCUAAAGAGAAAGACAAGUUAGGAAGGAUUAUAGUCACAAUAUUGGAAUCGUAGAAUACGCUGAAUUGGCUAGCAGCUAUUCUGCCAGAGUACUUCAUGGAUAAGUAAGUCAAGGCCCCCAGAAAUAAGAAAGGAAAAGGACAAGAAUACAGGAGAAAAGUUCGAGACGAAAAACGAUUUGGUUGACGCGGAAAUGUAAUUUUUGUGGUAAACGUAUUCUUUCUGUUAGUCCUGCUUUGCUGCUCAGCAUUUUACCGUGUGUCCGCUGACCAACUCGCCUGCGGCUCGUUGGACUUGUCUAUCUUGUUACCACGUUUUCGACGUCAUCUGUGAUCUCUAACUACACAUGUAGACGGCAAAUUACAUGGUACAGUAUUCUAUACUUGGCAACCAAAGUGGAAUCUGAAUUGCUAAAUAAUAAGACGAACCUGGAGAAUCUUAGCACCUCGCCAAUUAGUCAGUGCUGCUAGUUGUAAUUUAGUUAUAGCCUAGCUUUCAUGCUCUACAGAACCAGAAGUAACAGAAGCUUGGGUAACUUAUUUACUUACCUCGUUUACACGGCAUCAGACUUCGAAUUUCCUUCACCGCACUACAGACAGAGGUGAAGACACUCGAAAGAAGCGAGAGGCCUAAGCCCAAGUACAUGACGCGCACGAUCCACAUGCCUCGUUCGUAUGACGAGUCUGGCUCCUUGCCCUCAUUCGGCACCAGAUCUCCGAAGCCGAUCGUACUCAAGGCAACAAAGCAGUAAUAGACGCAAUCUAGAAAAGUCCAGCCAAAUUCUCUCUCUGAGUAGUAAUACAUGAUACCUCCCAAGGGCAGCCAUAGAGCUAUAAGCAGCACGGUUAUAGUGAAGCAUUUGAUGUGUUCAUGUGUCGGUGCAUCGCGCUGUAGAGCGGCUUUCUCGAAGUAUUUGAUCAAUAAAUGGAUUCCGAAGUUGAUGUGUUCACCAAGUGACUGAAGAGUUAACAAAUUCAGGGGGAUACCAAACAGGGCGAAGAAUAUUAAAAACAAGCGGCCACCCUGUGUUUUAGGGGCUAGAUGUCCAUAGCCUGUAAAGAAACAGGUAAAGAGUUUACUAAAAACUUAGCACUUGUCGCGAGGCAGUCAUGGGAUGGGGGUGUGAGGUCCAGUAGAUGUUACGAUUAUACAAAUAAAUUAUCAUCUCGUCCCAUAAGAGAAUCCACGACAGUCUUGGAUUCUGGAUUCCACGCCAUAGAUUCCGGAUUCAAGGUACUGGAUUCCGGAUUCCUUGAGCUGUAUUCCGGAUUCCAGGUACUGGAUUUUAGUAUUGGUUAGUAUAACUUGGAUUCUGGAUUCCAAUCGUCUGUAGGAUUCCGGAUUCCUUGAGUUGUAUCCCAUAUUCCAAAGCCCAGGAUUCCGGAAUCCACAACAAAAUUUUCCGGAUUCCAGAAUCCGUAUUCCCUUACAUGGAGCGAAUCAGUGAACUUUUUUCUUUCCAUCUGGCCUCCUUCAGUGAAUUUGAAGGUCCACUCAAUGCUCCUCUCUGUGACUGAUGUCAGGGGCUGUACUUUAGUCCUCUGAAUUUCAGCCUACCCAGAAUGCUCAAUUCUGUGAUAGCUUAAGACUUCGUUAGGUAUAGCAAUUAGAGCUAGGAUAAAUUCAAUACAACUUUUAAACGUGCAAUUUACUCUUUUAUAGCUGUUGUUUUCAGAUAAUAAAUAAUAAUAGCUACACUUGUCAAUUACGCUUGUAAUCGCACGUAAUGGUUCUAUUUUAUUGACCCCGGCUUCCAAGGAUGUAUGGCGUAGAGAGCUCCCUUAAUUUGUAUAAUUGGAAGUUAUCUCAAAAUCUUUGACCCUCAAGUCCUGAGAGUGACUUACAUCAAUUUUCCCCUUACAACGUCAAUACAUCAUCAAGUGAAGGGUUAUGAGAAUAAAUAAAAUGAUCACUGAACGGAAAUGCUUUGAUCUUUUUUGAUGUUCUCUUGACUAAUUCUUUAGGGAAAUGUAUGGAAUUCAGUCUGGAGAAUUUGCAUGUGGAGAUCGGGGCUUAAGGGUUAAAGCUAUCUUACCAAUGGUGGUGGUCACACUGCCAACGAAAUACAGCGACUGAUAAUAACUCCAGUCAUUGUGACUAUACUUGCACCUGUGAGCUUCUUCAAAAAGCAAUCGCAGCUCCUCGAUGUACUGGUUAAUAACGUCCAGUGUCUCGUUAAAUCUCAGUGUCAUGUUCUCUUUUAUCUGGUCUAUUUUCUCGCUGAAAUGUCGGUCGCUUGAAGAACCAUCAUGUUCGAUCACCGAGAAUAUGGCUGCACCCGAUGUGAGAUAAACGGUCAGCGUGACCAAUCGCACCAGAAGAGUUUUUGUGUUUCGUCUUAUUUCCAUCUCCUGUUUCCUUAAAUCGUCUGCGGUGUUGGCGAUACAGACUUUGUACAGUGUUGACGCAUUUUCGGCGAGAAAGAAGAGGGCAAAAGAACCAAUAGCUACUGGCGACGUGUGAGGUUCCCUGUGCUAACUUUGUUUCUGAUGAAAACAAUGAAAUACUUUUAAAUUAGAGGGCGGCUAUGAACUCCUUAAUGGUCCCCAAAAGGGCCAUGAAUUGCGUAUAAUAGAGCCUUCAUUAGGGAGCUUAAGCAACAACGUUUUUGAGCGACGCACGUCAACCGGAAGUGGCCUUUUUUCAUUUUUUGACGGUAGUUUCGCGCAAAUUUUCAGUCAAAUCGCCUCCAUAACAGUAAAGAAGCUAAGGAAUACAAAUUUUAUAUCAUCAAGGCAUGUUAAGAGGGAAAAUACCUCACUUCCGGUUGACGUGCGUCGCUCAAAAACGUCGCUGCUUAAGCUCCCUAUUAUAACAUAAUUGUCCUUGUAUAGGCUUCAGUUAUAAUCAAUGUCUUUCAUCUAUAUUAAUGAACUGCUCAAAUCACUUAAUAUUUCCGAAUAUGUAGUAAUGGAUAUAACACAGCUUUGUGACUUCAUUGAGUAAUUAGUAGAGGUAAAAAAAUUAAAAUAUAAAAUAAAAGAAUUUAAUGUUUUGUUAGUUAUUUAACAGUCUGAUAACAUCAGCAACAAAAAGUCCAGUUAGUUUUUUUUUCUUUAGCCUCAAUGGUUUUCUAUAGAUUUCAUGACACUUUUUCCUAUCUCAGCGUUAACGUUCAUACCAAUGCAAUUGAAUCUCUGUAGAGAGACUAUAACAUAUUUCAAUUUCCUUUACCAGCUUGCUACCAGUGUGGAAGCGACUCAGUUAUAUGAUCAAGCGAGUCCUGCGCAGCAGAAGAAUGCUGCCAUCGUGAACAGCUUAUUUCAACUGCGUCAGUCCGUUAUCAAGGUAACGUUAUCGAUCAGGCAACCACUAACUGACCUCUCCAGAAAUACCAUAACAUACCAUAAUGCUCUUUGUUUGUCACCCCAAAACCUUGCAUAUUAAAGCAUUGUUUUCAGUUUCUCUUGGGGCCAUUUAAGUCCCAAGAGAAACUGAAGACAUUGCUUAUGCAAAAUUUUGGGGUGACAAGCAAAGAGCAUUAUGGUAUGUUAUGGUAUUUUCUGGAGUGGUCAAUUGCCUCCCUUUGCUACGCGUAUGAAAUUAGCUUUUUGUACUUUUUUAUGUUUUUAUUUACAGUUAUAUUGAGGUGAUUUAUAUGAUAUUUACAUGUUAUGAUUGAAAUUUACACUUGAAGCUGUAAAACUGAUCAUUUUUUCUAGUGCAGGGUCUUAAUUGACGUCCGGUUAGCUCAGCUGGGAGAGAUCGUGGGUUCAAACCCCGGCCGGGCCAACGACCAGGGUCUUUAAAAAACUGAAAACAUCAUGUAGGCUGUGAUUUAAAUCUUCUUUCAGUUCAGGUGAUCGCUAUAUUUGGCGUUGACAUGAAGCCGUUGGCCUUGUCUCCUUCAGUAGUCAAAUUUAAAGGGGACGCUGCGUAAUGGAGGUUGGCCGCUCGAAAGAACCCACGAUACUGUUUAGCAGAAACAUCACUUUAUUUUCAAUUGAAACAAACACGCGACGGGAGUCAUAUUCUUGAAAUAAAACCAAAUUAAGCGUAUUUUAAAGCGCUUGAUGGCCGCUUGAUAGGGCGACAACAAUGGGAGAAAUUUCCUUGGGGACGGCCAAAAUUUGGCCGCGGCCGCUUAUUAGAGGUGGCCCCUUAAUAGAGGUCUAAGUUCCCAUUUUUUUCUACGCAUAUGUCGGGACUUUGAUUACUUGCCGCUUAAUGGAGGUUCAACUGUGUAACGUUAAGUGAACACGUCUGUUGUCAAGCUCUCAUCCACGACUCUUCAUUCAUUGAUUAGUAAUGGUCAUAAGCAGAGAAACAAUUGCACUUGUCUUUCGUCCUAUAUUUUUGUCCUCAGAUAGUAGAUGGUCUUAGGUCUCCCUCUGCAGUAGCCGUGGAUGCCAUAACUACUGGUUUACAGGUACGAAACCAUUUAGAUGUUAGAACCACUUCGCGUUGCUUAAUGGACCUUUUUACCGAUACGGCGGCCAUAUUGAAUUUACUAGAUUUAAGGAGUCGAUAUCGUUAUGGCGAACACACGGAAGAGGGGAGAUGCAAGUUGAUAAUUUAGUCAACUUAGGAAAGGAGAAAACAGAAACUGUUCAGAAUGAUCCGAUUCUUAUAUAUGAAUGAGCCUGACCCGAAACUAUUUGUUUAUUUAUUUAUUAUUAUUAUUAUUAUUGAUUAUUAUUUUGGGGGGUGGGGGUGGGGUGGGAUAGAUAUAACGAACAGUGAUCUACAGGUAAGAGAUAACUUGGUUCCGUGGUAAAUCUUCAAUGUUUCUUAUAGGGUAUAGUAAAGCGCGGUGUUUGACUGAGGUAUAUUAAGCGCUUUUGAGUUUUUGCGGCCGAGCCAUUCUGUAGUGCGUUUUUAUUGCUUUGAGUUUGCCCAGGCUGACGCUGUUCUUUAUUCUUCAUUUCAUCCUUUAACCCUUUUAAACCCUAACAUCAAAAUUCAAAUUCUCAUUUGUUAUCCCUAUACGUUUUCAAUAGAAGUAUUGGGGAGAAUUUGUUAAAGUAUCACUUAGAUUCAUCUAGUGUGAUCAUGUCCUUAUUUCUCAUGACCACUUUGUUUUAUAAAGCAGUGAUUUUACCAGGAGAAAUUUGAUUUUCAUCACUCUUAGGGCUUAAAGGGUUGAGGAAGGGGCUGUUUACAUGAAGGGGGAAAAGUCCUAGAAGGCGGAACAUCCUAGCGCCAUAUGUUUUUUCUGCAUUACUUGUAAACUGCUUUCGCUAGGAAGAUCCUAGUACUAGGAACAAACCAGACAAAAAUAGCAGCGGGUCGUUCAGUGGGUAAUCACGGCCGGUAAAGGCCGAACAUUUCGUUUGGUGUCACCACGAAGUUGAUAAAUAUUCUGCUGAAAGGUAGUUUUUAAGGUCAGUAAAGAGAGCAGAAGGGUCCAAAUUGCAUUUUUGUUUUUGUCGCCCGUCAUCUUUAAUUCCCGCUGCUUCUCUCCUUGGUAACCGCACGGACCGAAAUUUCUCCAUGUAAACCCGACGAAAAGUUGUUCCACCCUCUAGGAUCUUCUUGGUGCUAGGAUCCUCCUUCCUUCAUGUAAACAUCCCGUAAGACUUGCGUAAUAACAGAAGUGCGAUGCUUUCGAAUUAAAUAAUGGCCGGGAAACGAAAACGAUGUGUUAGCUGGUCGCGCACGGAAGGCAUAUCUUAUACGGUGUUAUUUACAAUCACGACAUUCGUUUUACUUGCAAUAAAACUCCGUCCAUUGCUUGCCAUAUCAAAUGGUCAUUCGUAAAUAUCUGGACAGCUGUUUGUUCAUUUCUUGAAUACAUAGUUACUCUUAUUUUCCUUGGCGGUAUCAUAAGAACAUUGACCACUCCGAACAAAGAGAUUAUUCAUUUUUGUUUACAAAACGUCGUAGUGAUUUCACGAUUUCACGUUCGAUACAACUCCAUCUAUUGCUAGCCAUAUCAAAUAUUCAUUUAAGAACAGCUGGACAGCUGCUUUGUUCAUUUUAAGAAUAUUUUUGUUUUCCUCUGUAGCGACCACUUAAGAACUUUCCAUUGAUGACUCCGAAAGAAGAGAUUUUUCCGGCGCCCACGUCCUCGCACAGGAAAAGCGUAUUUUCAAAAUAUUUAUACUUCCGAAAUAUCUUCCCGAUGUCUCGGAGAAUUCAAUGUAAACAUAAGCUAUUGUUUCAAAUUCCAGCUGCUCUAGAUUUUUAUUCUUCAUUCUUUGAUGGCACAAAAAUUCAUGGAGAAACUAGACAACUAAUUAAAUUAUCCCUGAAAGUACAGUAUAUGUAACAAAAUGUUAUUUCCAUCGCUAGACUCCGAUCGGAAGCGACCGAGAUCGCGUGUUUCAAUGACAGUUUUAUUAAGACAAUUGUUUCCGCUACCCGCGAGUUUGCCAAAGCCGAGGUGACAGUUUCUACGUAGAUAUUAUUUUGGAAGUGCGAUCUUUAAGAUAGCAAUUAUAAUGCUGUAUAAAACUAAUAAUAAUAAUAAUUGUAACAAAACGAGAUUUUAAUAGCCGGCAAAGAUGACUUGUUCUAGAAUCAGGUUAAGAAUUUGUUUGGAAAGUUAGUUUUGCGUGAGAAUUGUAUGCUAUAUUGACAGUAACGCAUUUAAAUUUGCGUGAUGGUUAUUUGUUUAGAUGUACAAGUCACAUUUCUAUUUCUCACCAUGGAAUUAUACCUUAAACAUGACCUGUAUCUUACAGUCAAAUCUUCCUGUUUUGGUUUCGCCUUUCUUUUCCAUAUUUCAUUUAACUUAAGUUCAAGUUUAUUUAUUAUAUGAUUUUUUUAAAUCGAAUUAUCGCGCCUUUCUGCUUGUCUUUAUUGUAGGAGAUUUCCUAGUUUUAUGCUGCCAACUAACUGGCGUUAGUUUAUCCCAGAUUGAAUGUUUUCAUGCGUUUUCAUGAUUAUGGUAGACUUAGCUUUUUGUAGACGAAGCCCUUGUUGCCAAAGAGCACUUCCAUUUUUUCUCAACCUCGAAAAUACGACGCCUCUCAGCAGUGUUCUAUUUUUUAACUUCUAGACGGUGGGUGAGACCACAGUUUGAUCAUACAAAUUAAGGCCAGAGCAUUGCUGUCCUGCCGUGUUUUUCGAUUCUCGGCAUUAUAAUGAUUCACAGCGAAGUGUGACUUUUUAUUUCUUUCGCCCGAUUUUUUUCGGUUUUUGAGACAAGUAAAAUACUUCUACCUUUUUCAACUGUCCAUUUCUGGUUUUAAGGAGCAUAUAUACACUUCUUUAUCAGUGUAUUUACAGCUUUCCUUGCUAAACUCCUGAAGGCAUAAUUAUAGGCUGUCGUUACUUAAAAAGGUUUCAAAAUCUGAUAAUCUUUUUUGUUCGCUAAUUUUGUCUGUUAAGACAAGAACUGUAAACCUUUUAAGCCAGUACUCAACAUAAUGUCUUCUACAUUACUGUUUUUAAAUCUUGUCAAUUUAAUAUAUGCGGCAUGUUUUCUUUUAACCUUUCAGAAUCCUUUUGUCCCUUUUACGUCGCUCCAUGAUCUAGCGCUAACUAACGUGGCUAAAAGCCACCUCGAGGGCUUUAGGCUUGACAAGACUUCUUCGGCUCCCUUUUGACUAAAAACAUUCAUAGGCAGUUACAUUUUCAGUGAGAAAAUAAGGGAUGUUACUUUUUUACUUACAGCAAAAAAUCUCGUAAUUCUCUUCGCGAAGAUCCAUUUUCUCGAUUUAGUCCACUCCUUGUUGUGCCUUUAGUUUAAAUUGUAUUAAGGGAGAUUAAAAAAAGAUCUUCACAACGGUUUCAAAAUUGAUAAAAUUUCCUUACAGUAACCAAGGCUCCCGGUCGAAGUUACAGGGAUUUAAAAUAUAUUUUCUACUCGUUUUAUUGUGGUGUUUACUAUAAUUUACAUGAAGAAUUAGCGUUUUCUCACCUCCUUGGAAGACCUCAUCAAAUUCUAAUCGUGCACGAGCCGUUUUAAAUCUCUGUGAUCUUACUCCAGCCGUUUGUCGUCGCGUCUUUUUGUCUUUUCCAGUUUCGCGGUCUAAAACUCCUCAACUGCCCCGCUGCUUCGAACGAAAACACGAAAAUUGGAGAAAAAUUAGAUCAAUAAUUCCUCGUUAUAAGUGACAAGGCGAAUUUCAGACUGCAUUUAAGAUUGCUCAGUCGAGGAACUUCAGCACCAUGUUCUUCAAGUUUUCAGAAUAACCCAAAUUGUCAUGUUCAUUCAAUUUUCAACCUUUUUUAAUAUUAUCUACUCGAACCGAGACAGUCAAGGAAAUUCCCUCUUAUUUUGAAUUGCAAAUGAGCUAGAGUCUUCAUAUCAUUAAUCUUAAUUCGAACGGCUUGUUUUUUUCGUAGCUUUUUGAGUAAUUAUACACUCAUAGCCAUUGUCUUAAAUUUGAUGAACCUCGUCGUUGGUAGGGGAGAAAUUUAAAUUAAUUUCCUCUCCUUUACAUCAGUUAUACUCUCUUUAGCAGAAAGCCUCAAUUUAUCCUUCAAAGUAAAGGGCAAUUAAUUUUCAGCGCCCUUGUCUCUCUAAUUCGAAAUUUGUCCUCAUUAUUGUAACGCAGUGGGGUUACUUUGCGUAAAAAGAAAUUAACGAAAAUGUUGCGUUCUCGUGUGAUCGUGGUAGUCGUGCACGGAUAUCUUUAGCAAUUAUGAUUUUCGCGCUCUAUAGGGAAAAAAAAUAAUGUCAGGCUCAAUUACAUUAUUUUUCUUGCUCUAUUUGUUGACUCACCGAUAGCAUCGAUGCAGUGGAAAGUAAUCGUUACUGGAUUUUGUAUUUUGAAAAUUAAUCUUUAACUCAAAUUUAAUGUUAAGAAUUACCUGGUCUGGCACAGUAAUCACCAAAAUGUCUAUGUUCAGUAGCUUGUUUUAAAUUACAUGUUCUCAAGGCUUGAUUACCCAUAUGUUUUUCACCACAGAUUUAGCUUAUUUACUUUUACUUUUAUUUAUUGAUUGAAGUGCAGGAUGAUCAGCUUGCCUUAAGUUCUAGAAUCCUCGUCGUCCCUGUAACCCUCUCCCACCCACCCCUCCCUCCCCGGACGCAGAUUCAGCGGCACUUCUGCCCUCGUGAGAUAAUUAAAGCAUAUAAACCUCCAAUGAAUGGCUACAUCACCUGUUUAAUCCUUUAGAGCUUGUUUAUUUUGCCAUGUUACCUGAGUACGCUUCAUAAUUGAUGCGCUCGAUCUGUUUAGUCUGUGUUUAAAGAUGUGUGUGCGACAUGUAAUAUCAUUGCAAUGACCACUAACGAGCGGUACUUGCUGCGCUGCGCGUUAACUAACCUUUGCAAAUUCGAUUGUUCUCAGUACAACUUAGACGAGAGGAAAUAAGCUUUUAUCUGUAAAAUACUGAAGAAAAUAUGAACGUUUUAACGCACCAGGAGGUUUCUUUUGAAUGGUAUAAGGAAAAUAUUUUGUCUACAGACUCAAACUUUCAUUCAAACUGAUGAUUCUAAAGUAAAUAGGUCGUACCAUGUGAAAGUUUUGCUGAGUAGGUUUCAUGUGAAUGGUCACAUCAUAGGGUUUCGUCCACAGACUUAAAAGUUAGAACUACAUACUAAAUAGAUAGUACAAUGUGAAAGUACUAUACUGAAGAGGUUUCAUUUAAUCUUUUAGGCCCUGAGAGUGAUGAGCAUUAAUUUCUCCUUGUAAUAUCACUGCUUUAUAAAACAGAGUGGUCAUGAGAAUUAAGGACAUGAUCACACUAGACGAAUCUAAUUGAUGCUUCAACAAAUUCUCCCCACUACUUCUAUUGAAAACGUAUAGGGAUAACAAAUGAGAAUUUGAGUUUUGGUGUUAGGGUAUAAAGCCUUAACUGGUCACACCAUAGGAUCAACUGUCUCAAAAUAUAGGGUAACAUUAAAUGCUUCCGUAAAUGAAUUUCAGUUCGGAUUUAACGAUCUGGCUCAGCUGUAAUCUAUCCAGGUGUAGCACUUAUGUAAUUCAUAAUUAACAAGCCUCCCUUGAUCUGUUGGAAGAGUUUACAUCUUGUAAUGUACUAUUUAGAAAUGAAUGAGCGGUUUAUCUCUAAUUGAUUCCAGAAUUUCCAAAUUUCGCAUUGCGUAGACAAUGUAUCACAUAAUGUAUGAUUUUGUUAGACAGCCACUUUGUUCUCAAAACUACAAUUUGGACUAUCGUUUAUAGUUUUGUUUCUUUUACAACCAUUUUUUCUUUUUCACACUAGUGGACUUUUAUGUUGUCCUAUAAGAGAGCAUUUAUAUCGAGCCAUGUUCUUGUUAAACAUUAGUUUCAACUUUGUUGGAAUAAAUUCGGAUUCGGUUUUGGUUUGUUUUUAAUUGAAGAAAUUAGCAAACUUCAUAAUCCAGAGAUAAGAAUUAAAGGGCCUAAAUCUUCUAUUGAUUAAUGGGGAGAAACCUUUUUUUCUUGGAAUGCUAUGCGCUGUCUGUGGAAAGUUUUGAAAGCCUUUUUGACGAAUCUAUUUGUGCGGUUCAAUUCCUAGCCGUGCUGUUAUGCUAGAUUGACAAAACUUUACUCAGUGGAUUUUAAAUCCUUCAAGAAAUUCGAAGACUGAGUAACCAUGAAUUGUGUUUAGUCUGUGUUAGUGGCUUAUCAAAUACCAUGAACUGUCUCGUUAGAUUACAGAGAAUUGCUAUUUCGUUAUAUCUUUUUAUUAUCCUCUACAACACGAUUGUUAGUUUUUGAAACUUAUACACUUUGGUGUUGUUUACUAUGGGUUACGUAGGGUAAAGGUGAGUCUAACUCAGUUAAGCGUGUCCCAAAAGUUGUCUUUUAAUCUAUUAAAUAUUUCAUACUUGUUGUCCCUUCUUUUGACUCGAAUAUUGGAUUUGUCUAUUUUCGCGCCAAAGAUGGCGUGCGCGUGUAUAUUUUCCCGCCAAAUUUUAUUGUUAUUAUUAUUGUAUUUUGUAGCCCGAAUUGCCCGAAAUCUUUCCUUGAGUAUUUGAAUUUCUAAAUUGUUACAAUUCAAAUGAAAGUGGUUAGGCGCUAAUUCCCUUUAGUACUGUCCAUAUUUUAUCAAGGUGGUUCUAACUUUGAGUCUUUUUGUGCCGACUCGAAAAACUAUCUGGUACAGGCGAAUCUUUGUUUACACUUUUAGCCUCGUUAUCAUAUGCUUUUCAUUAUAUGAUGACGCUAAUAAAAUAGAAACUGUGAUCACCUAUCAGAUAUGUGAAAUCGUCGCUCAAAAUUUGAGGUCGCCUUUCCUUUACAGCUUACCUAUCCGAAUCCUAAAUGGGAGGUUUCCUGUUUCAUGUAAUUGGCCUCCUGAAUUUUUACCCAGUUGUAUCCCGACACUAGAUUGUUUGUUACUGGCAAUAGCCUCGGGGUUAACCCUUUAAGCCCCAAUAUCCACGUAGAAAUUCUCCACACUGAUCUCUACACAUUUCCUUUAAGAAUUAGUUGAGAGAAUUUGAUAAAAGAUCAUGGAAUUUUCUCUUUGAUGAUCAUUUUAUCAACUCUCAUGACUUUAUCUCUUGACAGUGUAUGGAUAUUGUUAGGAGAAAAUUGUUGUUGGUCACUAUUGGGACUUAAAAGGUUAAGGGGGUGGGAGAGCUUGCUUGCAGCCUAUACCAACAACAGCGUUCAUUUUCUAUGGUAUUUUUUAGGGAAUUGUAGCGCUCAUCAACACAGCCUUAGAUCCAGUCCUGGAGGCAGUCAAGCUGGAUUUAGAAAACCUCAUUUUCAAGAUGCAUUCGGAGGACUUUUCAAGGUAAAAGUGCGCAACUUUUCAGGUUUUUAUAAUCUUUUUUUUUUUGCAUUUUACCCUUGGAGAUCGCUCGUACAUAUGCCAACAAUAUACAAAUGGUGCGACAAGUGAAUCAGACACUUCGCGACAAGUUAAGUGAAUCUUUAUGAUUUCGAAGACAGUUAGUCGUAGGAAAUUACAGAAAUGUCCCAUCAAUUGUCACAGACCUGAACAAUUCUAAAAGCCGAGGCCAGGAACUUACAGUUUUCGUGCGUUGAAUGUGUAAGAAGACGCGAUGUCUUCUUCUAGUUCGAAUUGUCACAGACGUUUAGCGCUAAAGUAAUAUGACUUAGACAUGACCGUAUGAGCUUUCAGCUGAAAAAGCAAAUUGGUAUUUUACAGCUAACAAGGUAAAAGCAACUGGUAGCCAUCAGAAAUUCUUCAAAAACAAAAGCUUUUGCUUGCUCGAAAUGGAAUUUAGACUGGUGAAGGGUGUGAAUUAGAUAAUGGCGCGGAGUCUGGGGUGGGGACGCGGCCUGGAGCGUGAUGAAGACUGGCUACAAUGCUUUUCGCCAUUUUCUAUUUUCCAACUGUCGCUGUUUUUUGUUUGUUUGUUUAUUUUACUCAACGUCUCUUUUCAGUUCAACGCUAUCACGUGACAUAGCUGAUAACCCGGAUGCGCCUUGUUCCAGUUACAUACAGGACAUGCAGGUUGGUCAUAAUAGGGGCCCGUAGCUGACAGCUGACAGCUGUCAUUUCAGGUGAUAGGAAACAUUUAAAAAAUUGUUUGUGUAGUUUGACAGAAUCGUAAAAACGUCGAUUUACGUUUGGCGCAACGCCGGCCAGUGUUCUUUGUUAGACGGACCAGCUGGCUGUUUAGCUGAUUGGGCGAUUUAUUCAUUGCUCGUUUUACUUUAUUUGUAUUAAUUGAUUUUUGUGCUUAGUUUCUGGAUUGAAGGUCGAUUGAUUCAUUGACUAAAUAGUUGCUUUCUUGAAUUUAUAUCUUAAGUAAUUUAUUGUUUGCUUAGUUUCCUGUUUGAAGAUCGAUUGAUUUAUUGAUUAAAUGGUUGCAAGUAGACUUUAUAUAAAUUUAUUUACUGACUUGAUUGCAUUUAAAUUGACUGUUCCCUUAAUCCUAGUCUUUUUAUACAGUGGAGCUCUGAUAUUCUCUCUCAGUGUAUGCCCAGUGCCAGUUUACCUUAAACAAUCUGAAUAACUGCAUUAGUUUUCUUCCUCUUUCUCCUUUUUUAGGAUUUCAUUAUCCAUGUCCAAAAGAACUAUAUUUCACUAUAUGAGUGUAGAGAGAUGAUGUUCGAAAGGUACGUUCCUUUUUAUUAUUGUAUGGCUUUAGGCCCCUCCCCGUCCACACAAAUCCGGACAUUUUUAAAACCCGUACCGUAAAUUUUCUUACCCGGAUUCUUGUGAACGGGAUCUUAAACAGUUUUAAAAAGAUCCGAAUUCGUGUGGACGUGGCCUAUGAAGCAUACCGUAAAAUUCCGAAAAUAAGCCCCUCUAUGUAUAAGCCCCUCCAAAUAUAAGCCUCCCAAACCGGUAACGCAAAAAACCCUCCGUUAAAUUGCUCCUCCAAAUAUAAGCUUCCCCGGGGCUUGUACUUGGAAAAUUGCCCUCAAAUACAAAUUAAAACAAAGCAAAAAUGGUAAAUUUACUUCUACCUAUAAGGCUAGCUCAAUCGAUUUUGAAACGCAAAUUUCCCUCCGUAGAUAGGCCCCUCCGAAUAUAAGCCCCUCCAAAAAUAAGCCCCUCAAAAAGGGCCUUUGAAAAAUAUAAGCCCCGAGGCUUAUUUUCGGAAUUUUACGGUUGUAACAUUUCAGGGUGAAUGUUUUAACUAAACCACGUAGAACAGUCUAUGGUCGCCACUUGUUGCGCAAAAUGCCAGAAACGAGUAAGUGUGGGCAGAGCUGACUGUCUUUGUUACCUGAUACAGGUUGGAGGUCAUUGUGUGUCGAAUUGUCGAGUUGUUUGUUCGUCACGCCAGUUUACUGAGACCCAUUGGAGAAGGGGGCAAGCUUAAGCUGGCGGCGGACAUGGCACAGGUAACCCACUUAAACCCUUUCAGUCUAACAGAGUUCUUAACAAAAAUUUGCCCAUAUAUCCAACGUUCUGUUCAGUGGUUCUUUCCGCGGUAAAUAGUACCAUACCAAAGGCGCUGCUUAAUCGAUGCGGCUUCCAUUUUGCAUAAAAGCUGUACAUUUUGCACAUCUAGACUCGUAGAGGAAAACUUGAGAACAAGUAAGAUGUGUAAAUCAAUCGGAUCAUAAGAGGUUUCUGGGUGGGUGACUACCUACCCCUCCCCUAAGUCAAUAUUAGCACUUACUUCUCACUUAGGGCAAAAUUGUGACUUAGGGGAAGGGUAGGUGGCCAGUUAUGCUCCGGUUUUUCCUCCCGUCCGUUACCUUUUGCAUCGUGACUAAAAUAUUAAUUGUUAGUCUCAGUCAUUGUCAUCGCAUGUUUCAAGUAAACAUCAACGUGCCAAUGCAUCAGGGUGAUCCUGAAGCUACUGUCUUGUUCAUUUUUUGUUGUUGUUUCAGAUUGAGUUCGCGGUAGGUCCGUUAUGCCACAAAGUGUCUGACUUAGGAACGUCAUACAAGCUUCUGAGAUCAUUUCGGUGAGCUUUAGAGUGGUUGAUGUGGCUUUUGUAUUUCGCUUUUGCAAUACCUCACUUGCUGCUAUAUCAUAGCAGUUUAAGGUCGUUUCUGAAGAGACCACGACGACGGUACCGACAAAAUCGUCACUUGGAAAAAAGAAUAGUUAUUAAUUUAUCUAUCUCCAGAAGAAGGACUAAUGGGCUAGUUAUAAGGCCAGUUAUAACAGAAUAUAGACUUUGUGUGACAUAACCCCGAGCAUUUUGGGGAUCUUUAACGCUUUAAGUCCCAAAAUCCACAUACAAAUUCUCCAAACUGACCUCCGUACAUUUUCUUGAAGAAUUAGUUGAGAGAAUUUGGUAAAAUAUCAAAUAUUUUUCUCUUUGUGAUCAUUUUGUUAAUUCUCAUAGACUCUGCUCAUGAUAGUCUAUGGAUAUCGUUAGGAGAAAAUUGAUUUUGAGCACCAUUGGGACUUAAAGGGUUAAUAGAACACUUUGUAAGUUGGAAAUUGGCACACAGCCUGAAAAAAAAAAACAACAACAACAGCAAGAACAAACACAACGACAAAAUAAAACCAAGCAAGCAAACAAACAAACAAGAAACAAAUUACUAUAAACAAAAAACAAAACAAGUAAAAUCAAACAACAACAACAACAACGACGACCUCAACAAAACAAACAAGCUGCAACCACAAAAAUCAAAUACAUUGCAUGUCUCAAAUUGCUAAUACUGACCAUGGUCUCUUUUUCUAUUUCUUCACAGACCGCUGCUGUUUCAGACUUCAGAGGAUAUCGUAAAUAACCCAUCCAUUGGUGAAAGCCUGCCCCAUAGUGUAGUCUUACAUUAUUUAUUUUCAAGAGCUCCCAACGAACUCAAGUAUCCACAUGAGGUAUCGUGAGAUUCUUAGGCCCGGUUCUCUCGCCACUAACCAUAGACAGCUCGCCCUAUGUGAGGGAAUGUGGAUUCCGGAAUCCGGGAAAUUUUGCUUGUGGAAUCCGGAAUACAGCUCAAGGAACCCGGAAUCCUACUAAAGAUCGGAAUCGGAAAUCCACGUUCCACUGACAAAAAAUCCGGAAUCAUCCCGUACUUGGACUUCGGAAUCCACGGCGUGGAAUCCAGAUUCCAAGACUAUCUUCGAUUCCCUUACAUUUUACAUGGGGUGAAACAGCGGCGCAAUGACAAGGAACGUGUAUAUGAGUCGGUAUGGGCGGGGUAUAGGGGGGGGGGGGGGGGGGGUGAAGGCGUGGUGUGGAGGUGCGUACGAGACUUGGUCGCACUUGUCUUGUAUUGCACUGUAGGACUGUGGUGGGAAAUUCUACCGCUUCGUCGGUUGGCCAUUUUGAGUUUUUGGGAGAAGUUGGGUCACAACUCGUCGCGCUUCCUUAGAAAAAAAAAAUGAUAUGUACCUGAAUUUUCCGUCUAUUUGACGUCUUGACGCGUAAAAAAUAAAAACAGUUAAAAUAACACAAAAUGACAAGUUUUUUUCAUCCCAGUUCGAAAACGUUUCGCAAGACGCCUUUUUUUCCAUUUGACAAAAACUUCGUAGUGGGAUUGUAUUCUAUUCUCGUACCCCCCUCCCCUUGUAUUAAAUGUUAGUAUACUUUUUCUUCGUAGGUAGCGGGUUGGUCGUUAAGUUACUACUCUCAGUGGCUGGAUGAACACUCAUCAGAGGAAGAAAAACUCGCACUCAUAAGGUAAGUUAUCCGGGUCGAACGAAUACCGUAUUUAUUCGAUUAACCGCCCUGGGCGCUUAUUAAAUUUUUGGACCUUGAGAGUGGGCGCUUAUUCGAGGUGGGCGCUUAUUCGAGGCUGGGCGCUUAUUAAAUUUUCACUAUUUUCAGGAAGUGAAGUAUGUUUAUUUUGCAACAAAACAAUAAAUGCUAAUAACAAAACGCGAAGAAGUAACAAAGAAAGGUUUCUGUAUAAUACUCUGAAGAAAGCUCCGUCCUCCGGGAAGUCUCUUAUUAGAAUUUAUUCACUCAAGUGGGUGGGGUGGGGGUGAACGCUUAUUUGAGUUUGAUUGGGAGGAGGAGGGGGUGGGCGCUUAUUCGAGGCUGGGCGCUUAUUAACUUUUUCUGCCUUUAGGAUGGGCGCUUAUUCGAGGUGGGCGCUAAUUCGAGGUUGGGCGCUUAUUCGAAUAAAUACGGUAAAUAAAAAUGAAAUGAAUGAAUUCUUUCAUUCAUAAGACAGGUUAUUCGGGUCCACUUGGAGCUGCUUCUGUCCAUUUGAUUAGGUUUAGCCAGUUAACAGGUCUUUCCGUCUCCCAUUUUGUCACUCAGUCAGCUAGUUAGUCCGUCCGUUUUUCAGUUAGAUUCCAGUCAGUUAGUCGGCUUGACACUUUUUCAGUGCGCCGUCCAUUGGUCAGAAAGACAGUCGGUUAGUCUACAGUUGUUCAGAGUCGCACAACCAGUUAUUCAUUCCUUCCACCAGCCAGAUAGUGCGCCAUUCCGCUCGUCAGUCAGACCUUCUGUCAGUCAGUCAGUCAGUCAGUCAGUCGGUCGGCCAGUCAGUAAGUCAGUCAGUCAGUCAUUCUGUCUCUCUUCGUUCGUUCGUCUUUUUAUUCGUCCGUUUAAUCAGUCAAUCCAUCUAUCAAUAAAUCGAUCAAUCAUUCGAUCAAUCAUCAAUCAGUCAAUUGAUCGAUCAGACUCAUGGUCUGACCGCCCUAAACAGUUAGUUAAUGCAAUAGUCGUUCAAACAACUGGCUAGUUUGCAGUUGUUGAGUACCCCUCCAAGUUUGGCUAUAUAGCCCCUAUGCCCUACAGCCCUUACAGUCCAUUCGUGUUGUGAUUCGCCCUUUUCUUGGUUUAUUUGUCACGUGUAGAGGCACCUUAGAGGCAUACGUCCAAUCAGUACGAUCGCGAGGUGAAAAAGAAUUCGCCGCUAUUUAUCCUAUCAUGCUUCGAAUUCUCCAAGCUGCAAGCGGUUCAGUCAGCCUGUGAUAAUUUCAAGGGCGUUCCUUCUGGAUAAAUUCUAGCCGUGGUGGUGAAAAACGGAGCACCUCAAGAUGAAGAGCACACCCCGAUGUUAAAAUCUGAAAAAAGAUAAGAGCUAAAAAAGUAUUUAUUAUAUCAGAUAUUUUUUCUUGGAUUUCAGAAUGGCCAGAAAUACUUUAUCCUAGUUGCGCUUUUAUUUUAUAUAGUUUCAUAGCAGAGGACUAAUUUAUCAUUUAGCGACACAAAUAUGUUGUAAAUAUUAAGUAGGAAAAAUAUUCACUCAAAAAGAGCUGAAUAAUUCGAGAAUAUGGAUAUCACAUCAUAUAGGAGGAGGCAAUUUAGCGGUUUGUUCAAAGCAAUGGUUUUAUCAAAUUUGUGCUUUGGAUGGUUUGAGCAUUAUAGUCUAUUUUGGCAUCUUUGUGACAAACAAAUUAUUCUCUCGUGCCUUUUUGUUCAAAGCAGGAGUUAACUCAGGAAUAGCACAGAAGAUGAUCGCUUACAAAGCAAAUUUUUUGGGUGCGUUUUGGCUACAAUUUCAUGUUCAGACGCCUCUAAAAUCAUGAGUCAAAAUGAACACAAAAAAGAAACGAAGCAACAAAUACAACAAAAGAAAACAAUACUUUAAGCAACAGAAACAAACAUAUUUCAAUAUUGCGUUCCGCCAACUGGUUACCGUAUUUAUUGCAAUAAGCGCCCAUCCUAGAGGCAGAAAAAGUUAAUAAGCGCUCAGCCUCGUAUGGUGGAUGUGAUUAAAUAAUAAGUUCGUACUACGUAGAUAACUUGUAAUUGUAUGAAGCGUAACGAUCGGGCUUCGAAAAACUGCUCCCUGAACGUUAUAUUUGAAGCGGAGUUAGAAACAUCGGAAAGAACUAAAGAAAAAAAUAUUAACAAUUUCGAUCCAUCAUAAUCAAAUAUUCUUUAAUUAGCUGUUAUUUUUAGCCUUUCGUUAACGUUUUAAGCGGUUAUUUUGUAUUUCUCUCAAUUUAAAGGCCCCGGGGUGUCACGAAAGCUUGCCAAAACGAUAUAUAUAUUUUUUCUGGCAAAUAAGGACUUUACAUAUGUUUGAUUUCAAUUCAUUGUUGUUGUUCAAGUUGAAAACCGGUUGUUUGUGGUUUAAACAUAUAAUAUGAUAAAGGG